UUAGCGCCCUGCCCUUUUCAUUUAGCGCUGUGCCCUUUUGAAUCACCGCAUUAUCUGCCCUUUGAAAAAUCCAAUAUUUUCCGGAUUUUAACAAAGGCAGGAGUUAGCUCCCUUCCCGGAUGUUUUUGUUGUGCAAUAAAACUACCUAUUUAAGUCAUGGCGAUUUCGGCUUUGUUCGUUUUCAUUCUGAUUCACAAUGCCAACCAAAGAAAGAACAAAGAGGAAAAGAGAAGAAGCUGUGAAGGCUGAAGCAAGGAAGUGUCGUCGACUCGUGGAUUUCUUCGCGCCAAACAGACCCGAUGUAGAAGAUUCAGAACUUGUUUGCUAUGACAUUGACAAGUGGUUGUCAUCCAGUGGCCCAGCUCCUCAAACAACUCAGAAGAAGAAAGAUGCAGGUCACAAGCUUGUCUUCGAUACCAAGUGGAAACAAGGUCGCCCCUGGCUAAAAUACGUUGAGGAUGCAAACGAGGAGGGUGAAACAAGCUCCAUGAUGUUUUGUUCUCUUUGCACCAAGUGGAAUAUGAAAGGACGAAAUGGAUCCAUGGUUUGGACACAAGGUGGAUGUCACAUUUUCAUAUAUUGACAUACUGUUCAAAUUUUGCAGAUUACAGAACUGGCAGAACACUUUGGCCUGGAUGUUGAUAAAACACAGCUUGAGUGGAGUCAGGUCAAGGAACUCUUUGCUGAGGAAGUUGACACCUGUUCACCAUCCAAUAUCCUGAAGACUCUGACAAGCCUCAAGCCCCAACUGGGAGACCUCUACCCAAACAUUGUGAAGCUCCUGAGUAUCCAUGCUACUGUGAUCCUUUCAACAUCAGAGGUUGAGAGAGUCUUCUCCAGGGCGAAACUCAUUGUAACAGACCAUAGGAACAGGCUGAAAGUAAAUAACUGCACCAAGCUACUUAUGGUCAGCAUGAAUGCUAAGUCUUCUACUGACAUUGACUUGAGGAAGUGUGUGGCCAAGUUCUUGGCACGAAAGAAGAGGAGAAUAUGAACGAAUAAUUUUAUGAACUUGCAUCAAAGCAUGCCAAACAGACCCAAAUUAUGUCAUCCACAGUAAAUUAUUGAACCCUUAAUUGUUGUGCCUUUUUUUGUUUGCUGAAUGCCCUUUUGAAUUUUAAAGUGCCUUUUUUUCUCUGAGUCU